ACAGCUGACACGUCUGAGUCACAAGUCUAUGGCAUUCCGAGCGACGACCGCGCGAGAGCCACUGCGAGUACUCGCGUUCCCACAAAUCGCGGACGUGUUAUUUCACAUCGUCGACCGGGCUAACCGAAGUUUUUUCGCAAAAAUCGAAUUCGAACAAUCCGCACAUAUCAAUCGCAAGACACAUAAUCACUAACACAAACGGCAUAAAGAUAAUUUGAUUAACAAAGUCAAAGUUAGUUGAUAUUAUCAGUGAAAUUGAUCUUUUUUAUAAUGUAUGAGUGCGUAUGGUCAGUUAUUGAUGUCGAGUGAUGUUCAUACUGUUUAGUGUGGUUCGUUUAAGUGACAAAGCGUCGACUGUCGGGGGCUAUUAUCCUAUUCGAGAUUGCGUCGGGCCGGGAGCGCUCGGGGUCGGGUCUUAGUCGUUGGGGUACCCUAAAGCAGUAACUACGGAGUCGCCACUUCUCCUCCGUACCAUUUACUGCCAGGAUUGCGAUUUGAAGAUGGUGCAGCAGGAUUUGACCUAGGCCUGCUAUGGCUCGGGCGGGCUCAUGUGCGUGAGCCCCGGGCAGCCAGGACUGUGUAGUGUUGUGUUGUGUAGUGAUGCCCGCCAUGUUGUCGGCUGUGCUGGAAGAGGAGGCCGACAUGUACGAGGCGUUUCCGCCGCAUGUUGACCCCACCGGAAUUACUAUACUCACCGAUAGCCCACCAGGGAAGAAAGCGCCACUCAAAACCUUCGAGGAGGUCCAACCACUAUUACAACAAUCGAGGAAACGUGAACUCAAGCUUGUCAUCAGAGAGAACUCCUGGCCGAUAAACAGCCCGGUCCGGGCGUUGCUGUGGCCGGCGUUGUGCCGGCAGCAUCAGCAUGGGAAGUCCAUGCUCGACGGCUUCUACUGGGACAUGGUCACACAGGUCAGUGCUCUUUACUUUAUCGUGUUCAAGGUUGUGUGUAUUUACUUUGAUAAGAAAUCAACCUUGAUGUGAUGAUUUUCAUUCAUC